AUGGAUGGACUAGCUAGCAGGAGUGACACUAUUGUGGAACAACACAUGGUAAGCAUUUUAUCUUCUUACACAGUGAUUCCCAGCGAGGCUACACCAAAUUUGUUACCUGAGAGUGAGCAAAUCAAUGCUCCCACUCAUUCACUUACCAUCUACGUCUACAAGCCAAAUUGUCCCAACAAAAUUAUCCCCAUUCCCAACAUGGUUGACACAAUGAGAGACUCUCUUGCCAAGAUCUUAGUUCACUAUUACCCACUAACUGGCCGGCUACGCUUGACAAAAGUGGAGUGUAAUGCAAAGGGCGUGCUAUUGUUGGAAGCUGAAUCCAUAAGAGCACUUGAUGACUACGGUGACUUUGAACCCAACGACACCAUCAAAGACCUUAUUCCCAAAGUUGACUACACCGAACCCAUUGAGAAUUCGCCAUUGCUUCUGGUGCAAUUAACAAGAUUUUCCAGCAGCGGUGGCUUCUGUGUUGGCAUUGCCAUUUCCAAUGUCAUUGUUGAUGGAAUUUCCGAUACUCACUUCAUCAACUCAUGGGCAACGCUGGCUCGAGGAGGCACCUUAGAGGAACACGACAUGCCACUUCUGAGCAAAGUGGUUCUAAGUUCGGACACGAAACCAUGUUUUGACCACAAAGAAUUCAAGCUAUUGCCACUUGUGCUAGGUCACGCUGACACCACUGAGGAGGGUAACAAGGAAACAACACUUGCAAUGUUGAAACUAACAAGACAAAUGGUCGACAAGCUGAAGAAGAAAGCCAAUGAGGGCAACGAAGGUCGAGCUUAUAGUAUAUACGAGACCAUUUCAGCUCAUAUAUGGCGAUGUGUCGGUCAGUAUUACAAAAACUAA